AAUGUAAAUGUUAAAUAUUGUCAUAGUAACUGGCAGAAUCCCGGCUGUAGCCCACUAUUUUCGUACUUCCAUUUUAUGAAGAAAAUAAUUAGAUACAUAAAACUGAUUAAUCAUUUUUUAAAUAAAUUAAUUACCGGCGGAUGAAAGGUGUUAAAUAUUUUUAGUUCGCCAGAGUGUGGUGGGAAACGUGUAGCAUGUGCUCUAAUUAACAUUUAAUCCUUAAUUAUCUUCUGUGUGUGUAGCGGUUGUGGAAGAUGGACGUUUGGGGAAAUAUUACUCUUGGAAAUUUGGAUGUGCCGAAUAUUAGAGGAGAGGAAAUUAAUUUGCAAAGUAGUUUUAGAAAAAGGAAAGCUAAAUCUACCACCAUAGAAAAGCUUCCAGACAAAGUUCUUCUUCAUAUCUUCAGUUAUUUAAGCCACAAAGAAAUAUGUCAAAUGGCCAAAGUGUGCAAGAGAUGGCGUAUUAUGGCUUACGAUACCAAAUUAUGGAGAAACGUCUCUCUUCGUCCUGAGAUAUCCGGUUUACAUGUAGGAUCACUCGAGUUUCUUCUUGCUCUAAUUAGUAUUAGGUUCGGACCAUCUUUACGGUAUAUAGAACUACCUAUAGAGCUUAUAACACACACCGUCUUGCACGAAUUGGCGAAUAAGUGCCCUAACUUAACACAUAUGCUACUAGAUUUUUCUACAGCUAUGCAGUUACAUGAUUUUAGCGAGCUACAGGCGUUUCCCACAAAAUUGAAAUAUCUUUGCAUAUGCUUAUCUGAGGUCAUUUUUAUGGAGGGUUUUAUGAGAAAAAUUUACAAUUUUAUAAAUGGACUAGAAAUUCUUCAUCUUAUUGGUACUUACGAAAAAGUAGAAGAGGAAGAAGAAGAAAUAUAUGAAGUUAUAAAUGUACAUAAAUUAAAAUCAGCCACUCCCAAUUUGAGGGUUAUAAAUCUUUAUGGGAUCAAUUUUGUAGACGACAGUCAUAUUGACGCUUUUAGUUCAAAUUGUAUACAACUUGAAUGCUUGGCAGUAAAUUAUUGUAAUAAAGUGACAGGAUCUACAUUAAAAACUUUAUUCCAACGAAGUAGAAGACUCAAUUGCUUAUUAAUGAAUGGAACUAAUCUCCAAAGUGAACAUUUGAUGCAAGUAGAAUGGGAAAAAUGUUCUGUGCAAGAGCUUGAUAUAACUGCAACUGAUCUGUCAACAGAAGCAUUACAGGAUAUGCUUACGAGGAUACCAGGACUUAGAUUCCUAAGUGCAGGACAGUUAAACGGUUUCAAUGAUUUGGUAUUAAAAUCCUGGAUGGAAUCCGGCAUGUCACGAAACUUGAUAGCACUAGAUUUGGACAGUUCUGACAAUUUGACUGAAGAAGCGAUCUAUAAAUUUUUAUGUAAACAUGGUCAUCAACUAUUAGGAUUAGGCCUUUCCGGAAUGACUCAUAUUACUGAUUCUUUAUGGCAAACAGUACUACCUAUACUUACGAAUGCUAAAAUACUGAUCAUGGGCACGCAAGAAAAAUUAGGGGUAAAUAUUCUAGCUGAUCAACUAAUGGAUACUAUAGCAAGAAAUUGUUUGAAUUUAGAAAGGUUGGAACUAAGAUGGGAUCCUGAUAAUCUCAGGUUUUCAGAUAAAAGUCAAAAAGCCAUAGAUACUAUUAGAGUGAAAUGCCUGAAGUUAAAAUGCUUAUGUUUAAGCGAUGGUCGUUACUAUGAAGUAGUAAAGGCUAAUUUCGAAAGAGCAGAUAGAAUGACAGUCGUAAGGACGUUAACAAAUUGUAGGAUUUCUAAUUAUUAUUUAUUGUCGAAUUAUAAAGAUUUAAUUUUUAAUUAGUAGAUAAAUAAGCAAUUGCAGUAUUUAAUUUCAAUUUAUAUAUGAUGAUUAAAUAUUCCUUUGUAGCCUAAGCUAUUAAAAUUUUAAAUUACUUUAGAAUAUGAGAGGUAUAAAGAAAUAAAUAAACACGUAUUUCUCAAAAAUUAGAAAA